AAAAAAAAAAAAAAAAAGUGUAAUAAGAGAGCAAAAUCUAGCUGAGUGCCGUCCUAAAGUCCGUCUGCAGAAUACAAAAUCCGUUAGGUCCGGGAAGGUGCAGCGAACCGGAGAGAAAGUAAUGGGAAAUCCUCAGAAAGCAGGGGCGGGUCAAGAUCUUCACGGAGCGGCAAGGUCCGGUGACCUGGGUGCGGUUCAGUCAAUCCUCAGCUCUGACCCUUUGGCCGUCAAUUCUAGAGAUAAGCACUCUAGAACUCCACUACAUUUAGCAGCAUGGUCUGGACAAGCAGAGAUUGUAAGUUAUCUCUGCAAACACAAAGCUGAUGUUGGUGCCGCUGCCAUGGAUGACAUGAGUGCGAUGCACUUUGCUGCACAGAAGGGACAUUUAGAAGUUGUUCGAAUUCUAAUUUCAUCCGGGGCAUCCAUCAAAGCUUUCACACGGAAGGGCCUGACUCCAUUACAUUACGCAGUUCAAGGGUCACACAAAGAACUUGUCAAGUACUUGGUGAGGAAAGGUGCGAGUCUUAGUUCAAAGACAAAAGCAGGGAAGACCCCGUUUGAUUUUGCCAGUAACGAAGAGAUCCGUUCAUGUUUAGAAGAAUGUGAAAGGUUACCAAAGAAGGGAGGUCAGAAUGACAAACAGAAAGCUGAAGAAUCUGAUCCAAAGCCGCCACCGCAGAAAGAGAAGACUUCUGAUAGUGAAACUGCUGAAGAUGCACAUGAUGAACAGGAUGGAGGUUUGAAGAGGAAGGUUGAUGAAGAUGAUGAUGUUAAGCAAGCCUCACCACAAUCCAAAAAGAAAAAGGUUGUUCUUAAUCAUUUGUUUAGUGCAGAUGACACAAAUGAUGAAGAAUAAACACUUUUUCAAGUAUAGUGGAACUUGGUUAGGACCUUAAUGCUAUAUUUAACUUGUCAGCACACUUUCACUGCUUUGUUGUCGUAGGAUUCACCAGGGUACGGUGUAUUAUCUACCAACAUUUUUUUUUUUUUUCCUUUGAUCUUCACCGGUUUACCUCCUAACAAUUCUUACCGCAAUCUCUCUAUGUAUACUUUCUUGUAGGCAUUAUGGUAUACUGACUUGGAUUGAAUAUCUA